CUUCAAGUCAUCGCAAUCUGCGGGCUGAGGACGGAGGCAAAUAUUGCAUUUCCAUUCAUCACGAGUCACCAUACCUUUACUUCUCUCUCCUGAACUGCUCACUCCACCUUUUCACGCGCUCCUUUCAUUCUUCAUUCAAUUCAAAUUCAUCUACUCUCCUUUUCCUUUGUCACGCAACUUGCUUCUUUCCUCACGUUUGUCACGCCCACCGGACGAAGAAAUACUCCUGGCCCCGUCACUCCUUGCUCAUCUCCGUCUCCGGGCUUUCCGUGCGCCGUCUUAAUACACCUGAAGUCUUCUUUCAAAUCACCAAGGUCCUCCGUCCGAUCCUUGUACGCGCAUGGUCGACAGGAUGGCGAGCUCGACUCUGCAAGACCUCCCACCUCUACCAUCCUACACCCUCACCCCUCGUCCGUCGAUGAUUCCCGGCGUGCCAGAUAUAGUUUGUCAACUGCUGGCUCCUGUGAUUGCCUAUUGGGUGGUCUCUGGCUUCUUCCAUGUUCUCGACGUCUACGAUCUGUGCUCGCAAUACAGACUACACACACCAGCGGAGGUCUUGAAACGAAACCAUGUCACAAGAUGGGAAGUAUUUCGGGAUGUGAUUCUGCAACAGAUUAUCCAGACCGCGUUCGGAUUGGUUGUCGCCUACUUCGAUCCAGUUGAGACAAUUGGAAAAGAGCAGUAUGAUAUCGCUGUCUGGGGUCAGCGUCUCCGGCUUGCACAAGGAUACAUUCCGAAACUACUUGCCGCCGUCGGUUUGGACGCAUUGGCAUUGGGGGGAAAGGUACACAACACUUAUCCUCAACUUUCUGGAGCCCUGUCCGGCGGAGCCUACGCGACCACGACCUUUGCGCCUUGGGAACUUUCAGUCGCCAAGUUCAUCUACUGGAUCGGCAUGCCUUUGAUCCAAUUUACAGUCGCCAUCUUCAUUGUCGACACUUGGCAGUACUUCCUGCAUCGCGCCAUGCACAUGAACAAAUUUCUCUACACAACUCUGCAUUCUCGACACCACCGGCUAUACGUCCCUUAUGCAUAUGGUGCCCUUUACAAUCAUCCCAUCGAGGGUUUCAUGCUUGACACCCUAGGCACGGGCCUUGCUUAUUUGAUGGUGGGCAUGACGGUUCGCCAGGGAAUGUGGUUCUUCACUUGUUCGACGAUCAAAACUGUCGAUGAUCACUGCGGAUACGCUUUCCCAUUCGACCCUCUCCAGCAUGUCACAUCGAACAAUGCCGCUUAUCACGAUGUACACCAUCAAAGCUGGGGUAUCAAGACCAACUUCUCCCAACCAUUCUUCACCUUCUGGGAUCGCCUCCUGAACACCGCAUGGACCGGUGGAGACAUUUCAGCUCGAUAUGAACGUGACAGGAUCGCGGCCCAGAAGAAAGUGGAUGCAGAUACUGCCAUGAAGGCCUCCGUGGUCAACUCGCCAGAAUUCAACGCUGAACGUGCGAAGCAGCAAGCUCGCAGCAGUCAGAGGCAGGUCCUUGAUGACAAACAAGGUGCUAGAGUCAUCGCGGAAGAAGCGAGAGAAGAACAGGAGGUCAAGCAAUCUCUGAGACGGAGCACGAGACGAAAGAGCGGCUUUGAUGCCAAGGCAAUUUCCGAUCGGAUGGCUGGGACUUUGCACAGCAGGAGCCCUACCAUCCUGCACGCAGACUGAGACUGUUACCUGGUUUUUUGUUAUUAAAUUUUAAAAGAUGGGCAGAGCCGAAUUUCCAUGUUGCCUUAAUCAAGGGUCUUGGUUUGGAUCACAAGAGUACAAGGGAGUUCCGGGUCAGGCUUGUGUAUGUCUAGAUAUUGAUGGUCCCGCAAUGACCGGUAAUGUGUAUAACAGGAACCUGAACAAACGUCUUCAUCUUGCUUUUUGCUAUGCGCCGGCAAUAUUCCAGUCCUACUUCUGUGUUUCGUCUCGGCGUAAGGAGCACUCGGCGGACCGUUGUUGGAUCUUGUCACAAGAUCGAUCUUGGAAAGAGUUGACAUGGAAAGGAGCACCACGAACGACUAGCUAUUAGCCAGGGGACCAAAAUCAAUGUGAUGACUCUACAAUUCGCGUCGUUCAAAAAAUACUACUCGCUGUAGCUUCCGAG